AGUGUUUGAUAAACAUCUGUUUUGUUUCAUUCUCUCGACUACAUUCAUACAUUUAAAACAAAUAUUUCUCUUUAUAAUAUUGAAGUGGACAAAGCACGAAAUAUAAAGGAUUAUAUGUGAAUUUGGUUUUAUUUUAUACUGAGAUAACAUGGCAAGAACUAAUUUUGGUAUAAAGAACAUUCAAAAAUUAAUAUCUAUAAGAAAUUUUAGCAAAAAUUCUCGUAAUUUGUGGAGCAAAGACAACAUCGUAUCUUCCCCUAGCAACGAUGUUCAGUUACCUUCGCUCACUGUCAAUGAUUUCAUUUGGGAGAAUAUUGAGAAAUGGGCAGAGAAACCAGCGAUGGUUUGUGGAAUCACAAAUCGAACUUAUACUUAUCAUCAACUAUAUAAAUAUUCUCGGAGAUUUGGAGCAAAAUUGCGUACACUAUUCGAUAUCCGAGAAGACGAUGUGACUUGCAUAAUGAUGUCUAAUAAUCCAGAAUACGCUGUAGCCACACUCGGAUCUCUUGAAGCAGGCGCAACGGUCACCAUAAUCAAUCCCAUUUAUACAGUCCAUGAAGUUCAACGGCAACUAAUUCUAUCAUGUCCAAAAAUUGUCAUUGGAAUGCCAGAAACAAUUGAAGUACUAAAAGAAGCUUGUAAAUUAGCCAAACUUAAUAUACCAAUUAUAACCGUUACGAACACGGAGGCUUUACCUGCUGGAACUAUAUCAUUUCACGAACUUAUAAACGAUGAAUAUGUAGAUACCAGUGUUCUCCAAAGAGUUAAUAAAGAUAUAGAUAGAAUCGCACUUUUACCGCAUUCAAGUGGAACGACUGGUCUACCAAAAGCAGUGGAACUAGUACACAGGACUUUGGUUGCAAAUUUUGCUCAACAAAACGGUGAAGCAUUCAAAUACUGCCAAUCUGCUACUGAGUCAAGUCAAGAGUCACUUUUGGCAGUUCUACCAUUCUAUCACAUUUAUGGUUCAGGGGUAAUCAUGUUACAUAAGUUGUCGAUGGGUGCUAAAGUGGUUACAUUACCUAAAUUUGAAAAGAACACAUUUCUUAAUGCCAUUAAACAGCAAAAAACAAGCAUAUUACAUCUUGUUCCUCCUCUAGCAUCUUUUUUGGCCUCUCAUCCUGAAUGUAAGAAGGAAGAUUUAUCGAACGUCCAUACAUAUAUCUGCGGCGCUGCACCUUUACCUAAACAAGACAUUUUCAGAAUUUUAGACAAAUCUAAGUCAGACGUGGAUUUCUUACAAAUAUACGGACUCACUGAAGUGUCACCUUUAGCCACAACCGCGCCGUUGGGAUCUAAAAAUUAUGCAACAGUUGGUGUCGCUUUGCCGAACACAAAACUACGGAUAGUCAAUUCGAAAGAUGAAAGCUUAGGACCGAACGAGGUUGGUGAACUAUUAAUAAAAGGCCCUCAAGUAAUGAAAGGCUACAAAGAUAAUCCAGAAGCAACCAAAGCUGCAAUAACAGAUGACGGUUGGUUUAGAUCUGGCGAUUUGGCUUCUAUUGAUCAAGAUGGUGUGGUCACCAUAUGUGAUAGAAUUAAAGAGCUCAUAAAGGUAAAGGGUUUCCAAGUAGCACCAGCCGAACUAGAGAGUGUAUUGAAAGAGCAUUCGGAUGUACUAGACGUAGCGGUAAUUGGUGUUCCAGAUUCAAAAAUGGGUGAAGUUCCUAAAGCAUUUGUGGUAGUUAAAGAAGGAAGUAGUAUUAAUUCUAAUGAUUUAAAACAAUUCGUAGAAGAAAGAGUUGCUGCUUAUAAAAGAUUAAGUGAUGUUACAUUUAUAGAUAGCUUACCAAGGAAUCCUUCGGGAAAGAUUUUGCGACGAGUACUCAAAGAAAAAUAUGUUUAGCAAGUAAUUCAUAAAAUUAUAAAUAAUAGUUCUAUUAAUAUUAUGGCAAUA